ACAACCAUGGAGGACGCCGGAAGUCCAAAUAUGUUUUCAUUUACUGAUCUGUUCAUUUAUAUUUUAAAGAAUAUGUGCUUUUAAACAUAGGUGUGACGAUGGGUACUUAUCUUAUAAUGUUGCACGUGACAUUAUGCCAAGAGAGGGCAUUAAAACAACUUUUCCAGGACAAAGGAUGGCCAUUUCUAAAGCCAGACCUUCUUAGUACAACUCAGACCCUGGGUCCUAUGCCUGUAACAAAUUUUCACAAAACACCAAACCUGCCAGCAGCUGCAGCAGAAGCACAGAAAAGGCAGGCUGAGACUGCAACUAACAUUCAACAGCCUGAAAUCAAGAGGAAAAGAGUUGCUGAACCUAGUAGUGUUGAAUGUGAGCAGGGUACAGCCCAGGAGACAGAGGUUGAUCACAGGGAGGAGGAGGAUAACUUAGGGGAGCUUCUGUCCAAGACUCCUCUUCAAGAAACUCAAGAGCAGGGAUGUAUAAAAUUGGAUGGUACGGACACAGCAAUAGGCGAUACUGCAGAUGCUGAAGAUAAUGUGACAGUGAUGAUCAGCCUCAGCAAAGACAGCCUGACAAGAAGUGUGCGUGAUACAAGCGUGAAAUUUCUGCAGAUUGCUAAACAGCUUCAUGAUUCUUUUGUAAAUGAAACUGCGAACAGUGAAAAUUUGUAUGAAGAAAUGGAACAAGGCAGUGAAAAUGCCCACAAAUUUUCACCAGUCCAUGAUCCUGAUGACAAAGCAUUCACAGAUCACCAUGAUGUUAUUUCUGACACGAAAUCCCAUGAAAGCAAAUGGUCAUGUGAAACAUGUGGCAAAGCAUUUGCGAGAAAAUAUACUCUUGGUCGACAUCUUAAAUCCCAUGAACGAGAUCAGAUCAAAUGUACUACGUGUAGCCAGUAUUUUCAAAACGAGCAACAGUUGUCUGAACACAAUGAGAAAUUCCAUAGUGUUUGUUUUAUGUGCGAAUCUUGUAGCACAGUGUUUGGUAGAAAGUCAACUCUGAUGAAGCACAUUCAAACUCAGCAUCCAGAAAUCCACUUGGAAAAGUUUAAGUGUCCUUUUCCUUCUUGUAAGUUGAGAUUCGAAGAAGAGAAAGAAUAUCUUGAUCACCUAAACUUCCAUGAAGGUGUGAUAGCCUACACAUGUCAGUACUGUGAAAAGCAGUUUGCUGAGGAAAAACACUGUCGAAAACAUGAAGCAAAGCACCUAGAAACAGCUAAGAUUAUCAUAUGCCCUCAGUGUGGUAAAUCUUUCAGCAGCUUAGGAGCGUUGUGCAAUCACAGACAAGCUGUGCAUGACAAUUUAAGAUAUUUAUGUCCUGAACCAGAUUGUGGAAAGGAGUUUAAAUACCAUUCAGGUUACCAUAAACACAUAGCAACACAUAAGCAGGGCUUAUCAGAUUUAGAGCCCAAGGGUGGAAAUUGUAUGCCCCAGAAUAGGGGUUUGGAUCCCCAGGGUGUUGAAAGUGUGGUAGUUGAACAAGAUGAUGGGAUGGGGACAUUACAAACUGAACAUAAAGUUAUUGUAAUUAAGUCCCAUAUUUAAUGUUACUAGAGUCAUCAACCAAUUUGAGUCUCAUUUUGUCUUUAGUUGUCAUUUUUCAAGUGAUGUGGCGUUAAACUAAAACACAUUUGUAUAAUAAAAAAAUUAGGUAUAUACUGCUGCGUUUUGAUCUGGGAGGUUGUAUUCGCCUCUGUUGAUUUUUGUGUUGCCUAAUUAGUCGACAUUUUUGUGUUUCCUAAUUAGGCGACAUAUAGGGGGUUACUUAUGUUGGCGGUGGUGGUGUCCGCAUCCCGUUUUCACUUGUUCGGGGCAUAUCUCGUAAACUAUUAGUGGUAUCAACUUUAAAUUUCAUUGGAAGAUCGAUCUCAUUGAGGACAAGUGCAGAACUGUUACUCUUGCUUCCAUAUUUUUAGAGUGAUUGCCCUUUGUUAGUUUUCAUGCUUAAAGUUUUGUCCGGGGCAUAUCUUGUAGAAUAUAAGAGUUAUCAACUUGAAAAUUCAUAUGUAGAUAGAUCUCAUGGAGGGCAAGUGCAGUGCACAAUAACAUUAACUCUUGCUUUCUUGGUUUUAGAAUAAUUGACCUUUGUUAAAUUCAUGCUUAAAGUUUUGUCCGGGGCAAAAAUGCCAAUCUAACCUCUAUAAUGUCGACAGUAAAUAAUUCGUCAGGCGACACAUCAGACUCGCGGCGUUCUAGCUCAGAUUUAACGAAGCUUAAGCCAAGGGAAAUAAAAAUCUGCAAAAAUCCAUGAUAUCCAGAUCAAAAUGCAAUAGUAAUAUCCCUUUCAUGAAAUAGAUUACUGGUUUAAAUCACUAAAAAGACAAAUCAUAUCACAGAAAAUGUAAUUUUUGUGACACACUAUUUUGUUUGAUGACAUCAUUUUAAAAAAGUCCAAUGAUACUUGUUAUGAUGUGACGUCAGAGUGGAAUACAACUGAAUUGCACUGGAGUUGAACCAGACUAAAUAGUAACAGUAUUUUGCGAUAUGUAUUGCAUUUGUAUUUAUGAUGGGUAUAUUAUAAACUACAAUAUCAAUCAAUUCUUUCACAGUACAUUUUGUGUAAUCAUUGAUGUUCUGUUUACCCUGAUAUGUUUAAUUGCACUACAUACAUGUAAGUUAUAAGUUGUGACCAAGUUUAUCUGCAAAAUGUAAAUCGUAUUUAUUUGAUUCAGAUUUUCAUACACUUUCAAAAGUAUUGUGAUAAACUAGUCAUGUAUCUUGUAAAAUACAUAUUUGGAAAAAAAAAAGAUUAGUUUCUUCAUUUUGUUUUCUUCUUAUUUCGAUCAUUUUGUUAGUAUUCAGCUGUAAGGUACUUUUAUUUUCCGGUUU